CCCGCAGCCAGCAGUCUCCUUCCCCCUGAGCUCCUCCACCGCAGAGAUGGCUGCCAAAGUGUGCAGGUCGCUGCUGCUGCUGUCCCGCAGCGGCGGGGCGGGGGCCGGCAGCCUCCCCGCGCUGCUCGUGGCCCCGCGGCGGCACCAGCAGCGCGUCGGACCGCAGGAUGUACUGCCUGCUACGUUCACCCGUCAGACUGUCAGGAGAGCGCACGGUCUCCGGUCAGCAGCCCACCCCACACUCUUCACCCAGCCUACCAGCGCCCUGUCUCCACAGGUUUGGAGCGGCGCUUCCUCGUGGCAUGGCCAGAGACUGUUGUGUUCCUCAUCUGCUCCUGAAGGGGUGACGGUGGUGUAUCAGAACGGGCUCCCUGUGUUCUCCGUCAGCUUGCCGUCCAGGCGAGAGCGCUGUCAGUUCACCCUCAAGCCUCUCAGCGACUGCGUGGGAGUUUUCCUGCAGCAGCUCCAGGCGGAGGACAGAGGCAUCGACCGGGUAGCCAUCUACUCCAUGGACGGAGCAAGGAUCGCCUCCUCCACGGGCAUCGACAUCCUGCUGCUGGAUGAUUUCAAGCUCGUCAUCAACGACACCACACACCUCGUGCAGCCCCCGAGGAGAGAGAUCCUGCCCCACGAGGAGGCCGAAAGGUUAAAUGACGUCAAAUUUCUAGUGCAGCAGCUGUACACCACGCUGCACAUCGAGGAGCACCAACUCGGCAAAGAGAGAGAGCUGAUUGGACGGCUGGAAGAUCUCAACUCUCAACUCCGCCCUCUAGAGAAGGUGAAGGAGGAGCUGAGCAGGAAGGCGGAGCGGCGCACCACCUGGGUGCUGUGGGGAGGCAUGGCGUACAUGGCCACCCAGUUUGGUAUCCUGGCCAGGCUGACCUGGUGGGAAUACUCCUGGGAUAUCAUGGAGCCGGUCACUUACUUCAUCACUUAUGGCACAGCCAUGGCCAUGUAUGCCUACUUCGUUCUCACACGUCAGGAGUACAUUUAUCCCGACGCAAGAGACCGACAGUACCUUCUGUUCCUUCACAAGGGGGUGAAAAGGACACACUUCGACGUUGAGAAGUACAACAAGCUGAAGGAUGACAUCGCUGAGGUGGAGUUGGACCUGAAGCGCCUUCGAGACCCGCUCCAGCUCCAGCUCCCGAUCCAACAGCUCACGGAAACUAAAAAUUGAUGGCAAGUGUAACUCCCCCCUCCAGUCUGAGUUCCUACAACUCGCUUUCUCUUCUUCUGCCAUCCAAUGCCCCUGCCUCCCCGCCCCACAAAAACACCUUACCUCUUUGACCAAUAAGCCCAUCCCUUUUUUUAACCGUGGAAGUUUUUUUUUUUUUUUUUUUUUUCAUUUUGCUUUCCUGACUGAAAUCUCCAGCUGGAAUUCAGAUGGAAAACCUGCUUAGAGCCGAUUUAAAAAGAAGGGUGAGAAAAGCUAGAACUGUAAACUUCUCACAGCCAAAGGAUGAAGACCAGGAUGAAAAGGAAGACGGCGAUGAUGAUGGUGAUAAAAUCAAACUGGGCGCUGCUGAUAUGCCUCAAAAACUGUGGAGGGACGACCUGCAGGAAGCCACCCUGAUAAAUGUGGAUUAUCGCGCUUGUAGGCGCUCCAGGACAGGGAGCACACAGAGGAGCGACUUUUGUUUUGUGUGCGUGUGUGAAUGAAGGACUAUCAUUGGGGCAGAGAACCCGCCCACACUGUCAGUUUAGCCCCGCCUCCUCUCGCAGUGAAACUGUCCACGCACACACUUAUUCUCAGCCUGUUCAGGCUCCAGGGAAAAGUUUACAAGAACGUUCAGACUGCAGUCACGCCAUCAGGGAGACGUUGGUUCCCCUGCAGCUGGAUUCUGCUGCCUCCCCGCCGCCUCCCUGAGCUGCACCUCCUCCAGGUGCCUGACAGCCGUCCCUCCCUGUGUGACCCUCGUCAGGAGCGUAUCUUCCCCGGCAGGAAGCAGGAAUGGCGACACCCCAGUUCCUCCUUCCUGCUGAUGUCCUGUAGCGACCCGGCGAGUACGAGUACUACUACCGACAACAACAUCACUGUGUGUUCUUUUAUUCCAAAAAAUAAUAAUAUUUUGGCACUUUUUAUUUUCAAAGCCAUAGUAUAUUUGUUAUGAAAAAUAGGAAUAUAUAUGUAUACAAUCAAAUAAACAAAUGACCAGAGGCUAGUUUUUAUUUAUUUAUCUUUGCCAGUGGGAGGAGGAGCUCGCUUCAAAUAUAAUUUUUACGAAGAAGCCAUUUGCAUCCGCCUUGCCAUGAAGUCCCCCCCCACCCCGGAACA